AUGGAAUCAACUGUCUCGAAUCUUGCCGUGUAUGUUGAGCAAGUUGUAGCUGAGUUCUAUGCAGGUCUGCCGUGUACCAAAGCUGAAGCAGAUGUUGAUGAAGUAAUUGUCUCUGUGAGAGGACAAACGUACAAGUUCUCACCUGCGCUCAUCAACAAUACCAUAGAUUGGGAACCACUUUCUGAGGAUGAAGUGGAGGAAGAUGCAACUUUGGAUGAAAUCUCAGUAACCGAGUUGGCUUCAUUCAUCACUGGAGAUACGAGGACAGAAUGGGAAGGUCUCACUACAGCGGAUCUUACUUCAUGCUACGGUGUUUUGAUGAUCAUAGCUGCCUAUAACUGGAUUCCCUCUACUCACAAGACGUAUGUCUCACUUGAGAGGGCAAGGCUGAUCUACAAGAUGGCUCAUGGAGUCCGUGCUGAUUUGGGUAAGAUGAUGUUCAGACAGAUUCUCAAUCUUGGAGUGACUCAGGUCAAUGAUGCACGUUGGUUGAUCUUCCCUCGAUUGAUCAUGGCACUUCUCCAAAGCCAGCAUGCAGUUCCAUCUUAUCCCAGUGACAAGCUUCAAAGUCCGGUUCCUUACAAGAAGGAUACACGAGUGGGUGAGAUCUAUGAACAGAGACUAGCUAAAGGAAAGGCACCAUCUAGAGGUGAACCAAAGAGAAGCUCUGCCAGGACAACACGUCAGUCAUCUCCUGCUCUGAGCCCUGCUCCACGAACUGCUACACCAAGCUCCAGGACUGCACCACGACGCGUAUCUGUCUAUGAGCUUGGAUCAGUUGCCAUCCCUCAAGGACCACUUAACCGUGUUGAUUUGCAAGUGGCACUACAGGACACAACACGAGCUCUUCAAGCGCUAGCUGAGAUAGUUCAGGAUCUUCAGAGCGCUGUAGCAGGGGGAGAAGAAGAAGACUAA